UGGAAGUCCGGUGUGGUGUUUUGUUGAUUUGAGAUUUGUUGCAUUUUACAAUCUUACCCUUUGGUGAUUGUUGGUGCUAAGCACAUCUGGUCAUUGGGAUUGUCAUAUCCUGGUGCUUAAAGUCGUUUCUAUUGAAAUAUUACACUCAGUUCUAAGUGAGAACCGUUUUCUAAGAACUAACUUACUAUGGCUGGAGUUUUGUUUGAGGAUAUUUUCAAUGUGAAGGACAUUGAUCCUGAAGGAAAGAAGUUUGACAGAGUGAGCCGCCUGCACUGCGAGAGCGAGUCCUUCAAGAUGGACCUGAUCCUGGACGUCAACACCUGGCUGUACACCAUGGAACUGGGCGACAAGUUCCGGCUGGUGCUGGCCACGACCCUCCGUGAGGACGGCUACCCGGACAGCGGCGAGUACAACCCCCAGGAGUCGAUGGACUCGGGGCGCGCGUCCAGCUUCGAGUACGUCAUGUACGGCAAGGUGUACCGCAUCGAGGGCGACGACUCGUCUCAGGAGCCUUCCUCCCGACUGGCAGCCUACGUGUCGUUCGGAGGACUUCUCAUGCGUCUCCAGGGCGAUGCCAACAACCUGCACGGCUUCGAGGUGGACCAAGCCAUGUACCUGCUCAUGAAGAAGUUGGCGUUCUGAUGUGUGUGGCUCAAUAAUUGGGGCUAAGUUCAUGUACAAUAAAAUGUGUUCUUUUCGUUACAUAAGCCGAGGUGGUCCAAACCAAGGACCACCUCAUGGGGCAGUUGGUCGUGUUCUGAUUUUUUUAAUCAGGUGUGUAAUUGAGGCUUUUCGUCGUCUUUUAGUACAUUUACUAUUGAAGGUGACUCCAAGGAUUUGUUUUACGUAUUGGUGUGUUGAUGGUGUGUCAUUGAGGCUUUUGCUGUCUUAAAGUGGGUCUUGACUUUUAUUUUAAAAGUGUGACCGAGACCUAUCAGUUCCAUUUAUUAUUUAUACCGAUCGACGUUUUGUACCUGAGAUAGUCUGAAUGUGUGCAUUCGUGUGCGUGGCUGACUUCUGAUCUUGUCAGAACUGGUGUGGAGUGUUGCUCCAGAAAUCAAAAAUAAAGAAUUAAAAAUACCAACAA